AUGGUCUGCAUCACAACAUCAUCAAUACUACCACAGCUACGGCCACCGCCAUGUCCAACCAAAGAGAACUGUACAGAAGCUUCUUCCUCUCAGCUAUGGAUCCUCUACCUCUGCCUCUUCCUCACCUCCCUCGGCUCCGGCGCCAUCCGCCCUAACGUUGUCACCUUCGCCGCUGAUCAAUUUGACAUGUCCACCGGCAAAUCAAACCCCAGCAGCGUCGGACGCAACUUCUUCAAUUGGUACUACUUUUGCAUGGGACUCGCAACACUCACAGCUCUAACAGUUGUCGUUUAUGUCCAAGAUCGUGUCGGUUGGGGAUUGGGUCUCGGUAUCCCAACCAUCGCAAUGGUUUUGUCGUUCCUCGCGUUCGUGGUCGCAGCUCAUCUUUAUAGAAGGGUGAAACCCGAAGGUAGCCCAUUGGUUCGAGUCGCUCAGGUGGUGGUUGCUGCUGUUAAAAAAAGGAAACUGGUUGUACAAGAAAACGUGACACCUCUUUACGAAAAUAGGAAGUUAGAUGCUGGUAUUUCAGCGGAUGGAAGACUUCUUCAUACUGAUACGUUAAAGUGGUUUGAUCGAGCUGCGAUUGUAACACAAGAUGACAUAAAAGAUCCUUCAUGUCCGAACUUGUGGAGGCUAGCGACAGUCCACAGGGUGGAGGAGAUAAAAUCCGUCAUACGAAUGAUACCCAUAUGGGCAGCGGCGAUUCUCCAUGUCACGUCGCAAUCCCAUCAACAUAGCUUCAUCAUCAUACAAGCAGGAACCAUGGAUCGCCAUAUGUCCCCUUCUUUCGAAAUUCCACCUGCAAGUCUAUCGAUCUUCGGUGUCCUCACCAUGCUAAUCUGUCUUUCGACCUACAAGCGUUUCUUCGUCCCAUUUGCACGACGCUUCACCAAAAACCCUAUCGGCAUCACAUGCUUGCAACGAAUGGGUAUCGGUUUUGCUAUAAACAUAUUGGCUACAUUAGUCUCGGCACUGGUUGAAAUAAAGCGAAAACAAGUUGCAUCUACGGAGGCGUUCAUGUCAGUCGGGCAUUUGGAGUUUCUUUACGAUCAAUCACCGGAAAGCAUGAGAAGUACUUGCAUGGCGCUGAAUUGGAUUGCAGUAGCUAUAGGGAGCUACAUUGGGACGUUGGUGGUAUCGUUGAUUCAUGAGUACACCGGAAAGGAACACAACUGGCUACCAGAUCGGAAUCUGAACAAGGGAAAGUUGGAUUAUUACUAUUGGUUGAUGAGUGGUAUACAAGUAGUGAACUUAGUGUAUUACGUGACUUGUGCUUAUUACUAUACGAAUAAACCGCUCGAAAUGAUUAAAGAUGGACAAGGGGAAGGUGAUUUGGAGUUAGCGGAAGACAAAUCGGUUUCUUCAAAGUCGUUAUUGGAUGGCCGGAAUCGAGAUAGUGAAGAAAACGGGCAUCACGAUUACAAGGAGAAGCGAAGCUUAUAG